AUGAAUGAUCAACGGAAAGGGCCUCAGAAUAUGUUCAGGCCACUCUUAUCCAGUGUCCCCAGUUCAACCUUCUAUGUUGGAAAAGCAAGUGCUGGACAUCGUGCUAUCAUAUCUAGAAAUUCUUCGGUCACUAGUAGCAGCAAUGCAAGUUCUGAUCAAGCUACAAGUGGUGCACGUGAUACUGAAGGCAGUGACCAAAAUCAGGAGGAUGUAACAAGCGAAUUUGUGAAGGCGCAGCAUCCUGAUGUUCAGGAUGAAAUAUUUGUCUUUGACAAAGGUGAUGCAGCAAAUGAAGAUAAUGGAGAUGGAAUCAUUGCUGGAUUGCGUAGCAGUGAAUGUGAUGAAGGCCUUAGAGUUGAUUCUCAACCAGGUGGCUCGGAAAAUUUCACCAACCAUGACACCAUUAUGGCAAUCACUGUGACUUCUGAAGAUUUGGAUGUCAAAAGUGAUUUUGAAGAAGUUGAUGGUCUUAGGGAUAUGCUACUUUGUUUUAAAUGUGGAUGCAAGUACUUUGCCAAGCAAUCACUAGAAGGGGACUUACAUCUUUGCCCAGACUGCAGAAGGUCGGAUGUACAUUUGGAUAUAAACACUUCAGUGACAGCCAUGACAGUUGCAGAGAACUCUCCAAUGGUGUAUACAAAAGUUUCAGAAGAACAUGAAUCAUUUGAUUCAGUGGAGCUCCCGGUUGGAGCACCUGAGUCUCCCCAAGUCACUACUAUGGGUGAGCCUAGGGACGGUCCAGAGGAAAAGUUUUCCAAGACAGACCAGAAAUCCUAUAGUGAGGCAAGCUGGAAUUCCUUGUCAGAAAAUGAUCUUGCUCAACCAUCUGUGGAGGAAGUUGAGCAGAGGCUCGCCAACCAGCAAGUGAUGGGUCAACUGACUGUUGGGAAUAGCAUACCCGAUGGUGAUGCUAGGGUUCAACAUAUACGGCUUUUCAGUGACCAUCCAAACUUGAAGGUUGGAGUAGCUGAAGGAGCAGGUAUUGCUGUAGUGCUGAAGAGAUCGUAUAGUGGAAAGCGAACUAAUGUCCAAAGCAGAAGUUUUUCUGCCUCUAGCAUUUCUUAUGACGAUUUAUCUUAUGUGAGAGACAGUGCAAACAGCAUGAUGAGCUCUGUUGGACUUGGUAGUAUGUCUGCAUCAUCUUCUGUGGACUUGGGCUCGGCUAGACAAACGGAGACUCCUGUUAAGUGGCAGCUAAGUGGCAGGAAAUCUGAAAAAGAAAACUAUAGAUAUGAUGUGAACACAAAGCACCAACGCACUGGAUCAUCUUUGUCUGGAACUCCAAGUCACGCGUUGAAUGCUUUAGGUCUUGCCACAAGCACACAUGAAGGAAGUACUGAGGCAUCNAACGGAGACUCCUGUUAA